CCUCCUAAGUCAUUUUCCCGAUUAUGAAAAUAUGAUUGAUAUAGUGUAAUUUCAAAAACUUUUGUGGCGAAAUUUCUAUCCAUGCAUCUUUAGACUAGAGUGGAUGCCAAACAUUCGCGUCUUCUUCCCAAAAUCAAUCUCGCGGGAUAUCCCCAAAAUCAAACAUUGACGAUUGAUGAAGAAUUUAAGCAUCGACAAUCUUGUUUAGCAGACGGUGUACCUGCGAGAUUUGCUCUUGGAAUCGAUUUUGCGCACUCGAACGGCGAUUUAGGGUUUCGUUGAAGGCUCAAUCAACUUUUGUGUUCGAGAAAUUCAAUCUAGAUAUUUACCUACUUUCCGUCGAAGCAGCCACCUGUGUUCAAGUAAGUUGCUACUUUGAAGCCUGACCAGGAUUUGAUGCUUUAGUUGCUGCGAAAAUGGGGAGAUACAGCGACGAUGACGAAGACGAAACAUUUUACUACAGAUAUUCCUCUGUUGCACCGCAACCACCUUCUUCCUCUUCCGAUAAAACCCUAACAAAAUCCUCAUCAUCUAGUGGGGGUAAGAGUGGAGGUUUAGCCCCAUCCAAAUCCACGGUGUACGUUAGCAACAUUGAUUAUAGCCUCACUAACUCCGAUCUGUUCACCAUCUUCUCUACUUUCGGGAAGGUUGCCAAGGUCACAAUCCUCAGAGACAAGGUUACUCGGGAGAGCCGUGGUGUUGCUUUCAUCUUGUUUGUAGCUCGUGAUGAUGCUGUAAAAGCAGUUAAUGGAAUCAAUGGGAAAAUUCUCAAUGGUCGAACAUUGACUGCUUCCAUAGCUGCUGAUAAUGGUAGGGCUCCGGAGUUUAUUAAAAGAAGAGUGUAUAAAGACAAGAGCAGAUGCUAUGAAUGUGGAGAGGGUGGACACUUGUCGUAUGAGUGUCCAAAGAAUCAGUUUGGGCCACGGGAGCGUCCACAGCCAUCAAAACGGGGAAGGAGAGAGGGUGGUGGUGGUGGAUAUAGGCGGAGCAAGGAGGAGGAAGGGGGUGGGGACGAUGAUGAAACUGGUGGUGAUGCGGUGUUUGAGGAUGAUAAUUGGGCGUCAGUGGUGGAUAAUGGGGCUGAUGAGAGGUUGUUGGGUGGUAGGGAUGGGAAUCAAGAUGAAACCAUGAAGAAAGGGAAAAAAGAGAAGACAAAGAAAACCAGUUAUUUUAGUGAUGAAAGUGACAAAGAGGAUUGAUUUAAACUUAAAGAUCAUGAAACACAUGAAGGUAUGAGUUUUCUUGUUCUAUUCUGUUCAUAAGAUGUACUUUCAUUGAACUUAAAAGGGUUAAAUGCAAGAAAUAGCAAUGUACUUUUUAUUUUUAUUUUUUCUUUAUACAGUGUUGUGUUUCAUUUA